AUGUCCACGCAGCCGAAAUCAAUCUUCACCGGAGCAACGCCGUUACCGACGCGUGCUGGCCACGGCCGACUCAGCACGCCCGAGCCUCGCCAGGCCCUGAACCCGCCGCCAGAGGGCCCGCCGUCCCCCUCGCCCUCUGAGCAGCCCCCCAGCACGCUGUUCCCUCGCCCGUGGUCACUGCAGCUGCCGCUGGACACUGUCGCAUCGACCCCGCGGCCCUCGUCUGCGCCCUCGUCUGCGCCCUCGUCUGCGCCGCCGUCUGCGCUCCCGUCUGCGCCCUCGUCCGGUGGCAUUGAGGGUUCCGCGACACGGCAGCCCGCAACACCGCCCGCCGUCGCCGGCACCAAACGACCACCACCACGCACACGUGACGACGCGCCUGCCACCGAGCCCCUCCACAAGCGCCGCCGCCUGCAUACCCGCCCCCGCCGCUCGCUCGACCUCUUCCCCUGUGCCGAGCGCCCGCCGCUGCGCUUCGACGGCCGGCCCCCAUCCCCGCUGUUCUUCUCCUCCAAGCCCGCCCGCCCACACCUGCCCGCCCGCUUCUCGAGCUCCGAGGCCGCCGCGAGCAUGUUGAGCAAGACGCGCGGCGAAGAGAGCGGCAUCAAGACUGUGACAUUGGCUCGGGGCACCUUCAGCGGCUUGAGCCCCCCGGGCACCACGACCGUGACCAGUGGGAGGAGUUCGGAGCGCUCGAGCCUACCGCGCACCUCUCCUCCGGACGCGCGCGAAAGGAGCGAUCCCCUCAAGCUGCUGGGCUCUGUCGGCGUGGUAGAACUGCUGGAGCACGAUGCAAGGCCUACUUUCAUAGUGGACAUGGGCGAUUACGCAAACUAUUCACCCGACUCUGCCACGCUACAGCUUUUGUUUGCCAACAAUGCCCUGCGCUCCAGCGCAUCCAUAUGGCACACUGUCGCCGGAAAGCCGCCCGAGCAUCCUACAGACGAAGCAUCAUCACAGGCCAACUACCGCUUCCGUGCCUGGCUACUGAGCACUGCAACAAAAGGGGGCGAGCAGGACACAACCCCCGGCCCGCUGGAGCAUGAGGGUAUAGUAUGGUCAUGUUAUACCUUAAGAAAGCGUCUGCGCGUAUGCUCUGGCGCAACGCCACCCGUCGCCUCCGCUGAAAUACCGUCCACGAGAGCAUCGAUGGAUUUUGCAAUUCCCUCAGCUUCGUCCGUCGGCCAUUUGUCAGGUCGCACGCUAGACACUACCUCGUCGUUGAACCAGGCCGGUGAGCAACAGGAUUAUUUCGGCCCCCCGGCCGUUCAAGAAAGAGAGGAAACGAGUGAGCUACACACCCGCCUGAACAACAUCGCAACCAAUCCUUCCAGUAGCAGUAGUGGGUCCACGUUGCAGCCCACCCAUUCGUCCAUGUUGCCUUCGAUAGAAGACCUGCCUUUCACACACGAGUGCGUUCUGAGGGCUCACAGUGCAGGCGACGUUGACCCCUUCUAUAGAGAACCCAAAGCUCCUCAAGACCACGACGUGGGCUUCUUCGACUGGACAAGACUGUCUCUGUCACCCUCCCUACCGAAACAUGUCCAGUUUGCGCGCGCAAUAGACUGGGCGUCGACACCGCUAGGCCCCAUCGAGUACUGGUCGAACGAUCUCCGAGCUAUGUGCAACCUCAUCAUGGCGAGUCCUCACCCAGCAGCCAUGUAUUGGGGAGACGAGCUGGUCGCUAUCUACAAUGAGGCAUAUAUAGGUCUCGCGGGUCAGAAGCAUCCUACGUUGAUGGGACAAAGUUACAAGGUCGCCUGGGCAGAGAUAUGGGACGAGGUCAAGGACGUCUUCAACAAUGCUCGCCUGACAGGCCAAGCCACGAUGAAAGACGACGAUUGCCUCUUCAUGAAACGAAGUGGGUUCCUCGAGGAGACCUACUUCUCGUGGUCCAUCAUUCCCAUGGUCGGAGAAGAUGGUACAGUCAUGGGACUGUACAACCCAGCUUUCGAGAAGACAAGAAGAAAGAUCGCCGAACGACGAAUGCUCACUCUUCGUGAAGUUGGUGAACGAACAGCCGCGGCAAGAGACGUCAAAGGCUUCUGGGAUCAGGUUUUGACCGCACUGACCGAAAAUGAGUUCGACACACCGUUCGUAAUGCUGUACUCGGUUUCAGAUGAAAACGACAGCGACUCUUCUUCCUUGUAUUCCAGCAGUCUGUUGGCCGCCAAACAAUGCUUCCUGGAAGGCUCCCUUGGCGUGCCAAGCGGCCACCGAGCUGCUCCCGAACAGAUAGAUCUCAGGGAGGGACAUGAGGGUUUUGGACCCGUGUUCCGAGAAGUCAUGAAGACGGACAAACCUGCUGUUAUCAGCGUCGGAUCUGCCGACUUACCCCUGUCUAUGAUGAAUGGCCUCGAAUGGCGGGGUUUCGGCGACGCCUGCCGAGACGUAGUGGUAUGCCCGAUUCACCCUACCACAGGUGAAACCAUUUUGGGCUUCCUUGUCAUGGGUGUAAACCCACGAAGACCUUACGAUGACGACUACAACCUCUUCAUUCAGCUGCUGAGCCGACAGCUUGCGACAUCACUGGCCUCGGUAGUCUUAUUCGAAGAAGAAAUCCGCAGAGGCCAGAAGGCUGCCAAGCUUGCCGCAGAAGAUCGCUACAACUUGUCUGAGCAACUUGCGGCGCGUACACAGGAGGCUCGCGAGAACGAAUUGCGAUUUACGAGGAUGGCCGAGUACUCCCCUGCAGGACUAUUCAUCGCCGAUCACGCUGGACGCAUCACAUACUGCAAUGACACUUGGUUCGAGAUCUCCCGGGUACCAAAAGAGAGGAACAAGACAGAUAGGUGGAUAGACUACGUCAAAGAAGAAGACCAGGGUCUCAUUCAACAACACUGGAAACGUCUUGUCGAAAACACUGCGCCGAUCAAUGUCGAAUUCAGAUUCAAGGCACCGUGGGAAGAUCGAAACUCAAAGGCAACGAGUGACACAUGGGUGUUGUUCAGCGCUUUCCCCGAAAAGGACGAGAGUGGGCAGCUCAAGAGCGUGUUUGGAAGCAUCACGAAUAUCAGCCCCCAGAAGUGGGCUGAAGGUUUCCAGAAGAGGAAGAUGGAGGAGGCUGUGGAGCUCAAGAGACAACAGGAGAACUUCAUCGAUAUAACAAGUCACGAGAUGCGGAAUCCACUCAGUGCUAUCCUGCAGUGCGCCGAUGAGAUCUCCACCAUUUUGGGCGAUUUCAGACAGUCUGGUGUGCAGACCAUCGAACCAGGCAUGGUCGCGGAUUCGAUCGACGCGGCGCAAACCAUCGCCCUGUGCGCGCAACAUCAGAAGAGAAUUGUCGAUGACGUUUUGACGUUGUCGAAGCUCGACAGUGCAAUGCUGAUGGUCACUCCAGUCGACGCACAGCCGUUGCAAGUCAUUCAGCGUGCUCUCAAGAUGUUCGAAGGGGAGGUCCAGACAGCUGGCAUACGGAUGGAGUUCGUCCUCGGCGACUCAUUCAAGAAGCUGAAUAUCGACUGGGUCAAGAUCGAUCCGUCUCGCGUGCUUCAAGUACUCAUCAACUUGACCACCAAUGCCAUCAAAUUCACGUCAACCGAGGAAAUCCGCACCAUCCAUAUCGUCCUCUCAGCAUCCACCAGUCGGCCAUCAGCAAGCAAACAUCCUGUCGUCAGCUACAUCCCCAUGAAGUCGAAACACAUCGACCAAACCCUCGGCCCCGACUGGGGCGAUGGCGAGGAGAUCUUUCUGGAAUUCCUUGUUCAGGAUACGGGGCGAGGGCUAAGCGCAGAAGAGCUGAAACUCUUGUUCCAGCGCUUUUCCCAAGCAAGUCCACGAACCCACGUCCAAUAUGGCGGUUCUGGUCUUGGCCUCUUCAUCUCGCGCGAGCUGACAGAGUUGCAAGGCGGCGAGAUUGGUGUCUCAUCCGAAGCUGGCAAGGGCAGCACGUUUGCUUUCUACGUCAAGGGACGUAGAAGCUCGGAGCCAAAGGAGGUCAUCGAUAGUGUGCCCGCGGCAGUCGCGUUGUCGAGGAAGGUUUCCAAUGCGAGAGAAAAAGGACGUCUGGAAGCGCCAAAGGUCAAGGACUUUGCCGCUCAAGUAGCUCCUAGCAAGGGAACCAAGGAACCUGAACUACCCUACGCACAUAUCCGCGUUCUGAUCGUCGAAGACAAUCUCGUAAACCAGAAAGUUCUCCAACGGCAACUCCAAAACCGCGGCAUAUCAACCAUCGUGGCCAACCAUGGCGGUGAAGCCAUAAACGUCCUCUCCACAUCGUCCUACCACAUAUCCGCCGGGCCCGACGCGCCAGAGAUCAGCGUGGUACUCAUGGACAAGGAAAUGCCUGUCAUGGACGGGCUAGCGUGUACCUCCAAAAUCCGAGCCAUGGAGCGCAACGGCGAGCUACGGCGGCAUGUGCCCAUCAUCGCAGUGACGGCCAACGCGCGCAGCGAACAGAUUGCCACGCUGCUGGCGGCCGGCAUGGACGACGUGGUCAGCAAGCCAUUCCGCAUCGGCGAGCUGGUGCCCAAGAUCGAGGAGCUGUCGCUCAAACACGACGUCGCGAGCAAGCAGAGCGAGAGGGAGGCGCUGCAACAGAUGGCGCUGCAGACCAAGGACAGCGGAGUCAGUUUCACCGUGCCUACGCCAUCCACGAAACCCGCCACACCGGGUGGUGGACGGUCGUAG